AUGGAAAGGGAUACUGCCCAGCCUAUGCGGUCGCCCAGGAUGAGUCCGUUGUGCUUACAGUGGCUGAAAUUCAAGUUCCGCAGCUCGGAGUCUCCUUCACCUCAUGCUUCACCGCCUCCAGCAGCCCCUCCUCAAUCUCCGCCGUCUUCCAAGACGUCGACAAGCCUCAAAGAGCAGCUUUGGAAUCGGGCAUAUGACGAUCUCAAGUCCAGCGAUCCCGGGGUCGUCGAAGUGUACGAAACACUUUUGUCAGCCGAACUUCAGAGCGGCAGUUCCACUCCCACCACUAUGCCUAAAAACCACAUCAAACCUACCUUACAGGGAAGAUGGCAACAAAUGGAAAGGCUUGUUCAAGCCGGGCUGCAGAAGACAGAACGGACCGCGACUACCAAACAGGUAAUCGACAAUGCGAUUCAGAUCGCUUCCCCGCUGAAGGAAGUGGUCGGGAAGGCUGUACAGGCUGCCCCCGAAGCCGCCAUUGCCUGGGUUGGCGUCUCCUUCGCUCUUGAGAUCCUCGCGAACCCAUUCACCGAGCCGGGUAUUCAACGCGAUGGCAUCACUUACGUUGUGUCAAAAAUGGACUGGUACUGGAACCUCGUCGACCUCCUCCUCGACCGGGAGAGUGCCGGGCCGGACCUGGAAGGGCUGCGUGGUCAGCUCGAGAAACAUAUCGUCCAGCUUUACCAGAAGCUCCUUCUAUACCUGAUGAGGAGUGUCUGCCUCCACUCCAAGAGCCAAGUCAUCGUCUUUUUAAGGGAUACUAUAAAGCUGGAUAACUGGACCGGCAAACUUGACGAUAUAACUGCCGCCGAGACCGCCGUACGAGGCUGUUCGGACCAGUAUCACGACCUGAAGGUAUCUCAACACCUCCAAAAGACGCGUCAACACCUCCAAGGCCUCGAAGCCAAGGCGGAGUGCCAGCUCAAGCAGUUUCAAGAUGUCACGUCUUCCAUCCAAUACCAGACCAGGCAACAUGCGGAAAGGCAACAGGACCAGGACGACAGGAAAUGCCUGAAUGACCUCUUCCAGGCGGAUCCCUGCGAUGACAAAACGCGCAUCCAGGACACCAAAGGCGGUCUCCUUCGAGAUUCGUACCUCUGGGUCCUAGGCCAUCCCGACUUCCGGCGGUGGCGUGUAGACGCACAGAGCCAUCUGCUCUGGAUAAGGGGUGAUCCAGGCAAAGGCAAGACAAUGCUCCUAUGCGGCAUCAUUGACGAGCUAGAGAAGGAACCUUCCAACAGGUUGUCCUAUUUCUUCUGCCAAGCCACUGUGGGAGGCCUGAAUAGUGCAACAGCCGUACUGCGAGGUCUGAUUUACAGUCUCGCAAAGCGGUAUCAACGGCUCAUUCCGCAUGUCCGCAAGGAAUAUGACAGCGGUGGCAAGCAGCGAUUCGAGGACCUGAACGCCUGGGAGGUCAUGUCCAAGAUCCUCACGGCUAUGCUGCAUGAUCCCGCUCUAGAUGGCGUCCUCUUGAUUGUUGAUGCACUCGACGAGUGUGUGACCGAACGUCCAAAGCUUCUCAACUUCAUUGCUCGGACGUCAUCCUCGUCUCGUGCUAAGUGGAUCGUUUCGAGCCGUAAUUGGCUGGAGAUUGAGGAAAUAUUAAACGAUCGAACACAUCAAGUCAGUUUUCACCUCGAGCUAAACAAGGAAUCUAUCGCCCACGCUGUUCGUACAUACAUCCACUACAAGGUGGAUGAACUGGCGGUGUUAAAGGAGUAUAACGACAAAACCCGCAUUGAUGUUUCGAAGCACUUGACCGACAACUCAAACGAUACUUUCCUCUGGGUAGCCUUGGUCUGCAAGGCGCUCGCCGAGUACCAAGGCUUGGAUCAAGAUAUGCCUAAGGUCCUGAGGGAAUUGCCACCGGGCCUUGAGUCUCUUUACGCGCGCAUGAUCGACUACAUAUCUGAUUCCAGGGUUGCAAACCUCUGCAAGGAGGUUUUAGCCGUGAUGUCAGUUGUAUACCGUCCUGUCACAUUGAAAGAACUGUUGUCCAUUGCGAAACUGCCAACUCUCUCUACUAAGGAUCUUAAGAAGGUCAUCAAAUCCUGCGGCUCUUUCCUGAUUGUGCGCGAUGAAACCAUCUACUUUGUGCACCAAUCAGCCAAAGAUUUCCUCGUGGACAAGGAAUAUAGAGCGUUUCGCCAGAUUCUGCCUUCCGGCAUUGCGCAUCAGCACCACGCUAUUUUUUCAAGGUCUCUAGAGGUGUUAUCCAGAACCCUCAGACGCGACAUCUACGACCUACGCGCCUCUGGAACCCUCAGAGAGGAUAUGUCACCACCUAACCCAGACCCUUUGACUUCUCUGACGUACUCGUCCACCUACUGGGUUGACCAUUUUCAGCACGCAAAUCCCGCGGACAGCCCGACGUGCGAUGAUUUGCAGGAUAACGCCAGCAUCCACGCUUUCCUCAAAAGCCAUUAUCUCCACUGGCUAGAGGCUCAGAGUCUUCUACAAGGCAUGCCACAAGCAGUGGUGGCAAUGCAGAAACUCCAAACAUUGGUAACGCUGGAGGGCCAUAGCGACUCCGUCAACUCGGUGGCGUUCUCUCCUGAUGGGCGACAGCUGGCAUCAGCCUCCAGUGACAACACCAUCAAGCUCUGGGACGCAGCCACGGGCCAGUGCCAGCGGACGCUGGAGGGUCAUAGUGACACCAUCAACUCGGUGGUCUUCUCUCCCGAUGGGCGGCAGCUAGCAUCAGCCUCCAGCGACAAUAUCAUCAAGCUCUGGGACGCAGCUACAGGCCGGUGCCAGCGCAUGCUGGAGGGCCAUAGCAAAUUCGUCAGGUCGGUGGCCUUCUCUCCAGAUGGACGGCAGCUAGCAUCAGCCUCCUACGACUACACCGUCAAGCUUUGGGACGCAGCCACAGGCCAGUGCCAGCGGACGUUGGAAGGCCAUAACGACUCCGUCAACUCAGUGACCUUCUCUCCCGAUGGGCAGCAGCUGGCAUCAGCCUCCUACGACUACACCAUCAAGCUCUGGGACGCAGCUACGGGCCAGUGCUGGCGGACGCUGGAGGGCCAUAGUAAAUUCGUCAGGUCGGUAGCCUUCUCUCCUGAUGGGCGGCAGCUAGCAUCGGCCUCGAGCGACAACACCGUCAAGCUUUGGGACGCAGCUACGGGCCGGUGCCAGCGCACGCUGGAGGGCCAUAGUGGUUGGGUCAACUUGGUGACCUUCUCUCCCGAUGGGCGGCAGCUGGCAUCGGCCUCCAGCGACAAUACCAUCAAGCUCUGGGACGCAGCUACGGGCCAGUGCCAGCGCACGCUGGAGGGCCAUAGUAGCUUAGAAAACAUAUUCGCGAAAACGAUUAAAGAACCAAUUCAAGGUUUCAAUGAUCAGAGUCAAAUGCUCUCACAGGAGGGCGUCUGGAUCACGAAAAAUUCGCAGAACUCAGGGCAACUACUCCAGUACAAGCAGAAGCUUUAG